AAGAGGAACAAAGAUAGAUAUAUGUAUAUCUUUCUCAUUAUAUGUCACGACGUCACGACUCUUCUCCAUUCAAUUCUGACAGGGAAAAUUCCUUGUAUGGUUAAACUGGAAAGGCAGUAGUAACAACAAUUUUGUUAAAAAGAAAUUAAUGAUUUUAUCAAUAUGGAGGCGGUAUUGCAACAAAAAGUAAUAGAGGCAACGCAAUGCGUUGAAAAACAAUUGGAUGCUGAAAUAGAAAAAUUAGAUAAUUUGGAUAUCAGCGAUAUUGAAAAAUUACGUGAGCAACGUUUAAAAAAAUUGAAGUUACUUCAACAACAAAAGCAGAACUGGCUGUCAUUGGGUCACGGGGAAUAUUCAGAAUUACAGGAUGAAAAAGAAUUUUUUGAAAUAUCAAAAAGGUCUGAGAAUAUCGUCUGUUUAUUCUACAAAGAUGACUCGGAAAGAAGCAAAAUAGUAGAUCAUCAUUUUAAAAUUCUUGCAAAGAAACAUAUAGAAGCAAAAUUUUGUAAAUUAAAUGUAAUGCGAUGCCCAUUUUUGACCGAACGAUUAAGGAUCAAAAUUAUCCCUACAAUAGCCAUUAUUGUAAAUGGGAAAACUAAAGAUUACAUUGUGGGAUUUACCGAUUUAGGGAAUCGUGAUGAUUUUUCAACAGAAACAUUAGAGCUCAGAAUUUCACUUGCGGGUGCAAUUACAGUCGAGGAUAACUGUCCGUCGGAAAUUAAUAAAAAACCAUGGUUAUCAUAUACCCCAAAGUCCAAAACUAUUAGAGGACCUAACGAUUCAAAUUCUGAUGAUUCUGAUGAUGAUUAAUGAAUAAGAUAAUUUCACAGUAUUGCACGCUAUACUCAUUAAAUUAUUCCCUGUUAUUCGUAUUCUGAGUAUUUAUCUCUGCAAGUUUAAUUAAUGAAAAUUCAUGAACAUUAAACAAAUAAUGGUAAAAUAGAUUUAUUAAUAAUAUUA